GAGCCGAGCCGCGGCCAUGGGCCUGGGUGCCAGCGCCGAGCAGCCUGCGGGCGGCGACGAGGGCUUCCACCUGCAUGGGGUGCAGGAGAACUCCCCCGCCCAGCAGGCAGGCCUGGAGCCCUACUUUGACUUCAUCAUCACCAUCGGACACUCAAGGCUGAACAAGGAGAACGACACGCUCAAGGCGCUGCUGAAGGCCAAUGUGGAGAAGCCCGUGAAGCUGGAGGUGUUCAACAUGAAGACCAUGCGGGUGCGCGAGGUCGAGGUGGUGCCCAGCAAUAUGUGGGGCGGCCAGGGCCUGCUAGGCGCCAGCGUGCGCUUCUGCAGCUUCCGCAGGGCCAGCGAGCAGGUGUGGCACGUGCUGGACGUGGAACCAUCAUCACCCGCCGCACUUGCGGGCCUGCGCCCCUACACAGACUAUGUGGUUGGCUCUGACCAGAUCCUCCAGGAGUCUGAAGACUUCUUUACACUCAUCGAGGCCCACGAGGGGAGGCCCUUGAAGCUGAUGGUGUAUAACUCGGAGUUGGACUUCUGCCGGGAGGUGACUGUGACUCCCAACGCAGCCUGGGGUGGAGAGGGCAGUCUUGGGUGUGGCAUUGGCUAUGGAUAUCUGCACCGGAUCCCCAUCCAGCCCCCCGGCCACCCCAGGCAGCCAUGUGGUCCUGCACAGUCCAGACCUGCCCCCACGGACUUCUCUGGCUGCCUGGCUUCUCCUGAUGUGGAGAUGAACUCCAGCCAGGGAGACUACAUAGAGGCUCUGCUGCAGGCACCUGACUCCCUCUCGGAGGCAUUGCACCCCGAGCCUGGGAGCCCCAGCCAGACGGCCCCAGACCUGGAGGGACUCCUGUGUGCCACAGAGACCCUCCUUCAGCCCCCGCCACCCCUGCAGCGAGUUAUGGACCCAGGCUUCCAGGACGUGUCCGGCAUCUCCCUCUUGGACAACAGCAACACGGGUCUCUGGCCCAGCACAGCCCCAUCCACAGCCGCCCCCGCCUCGGGGCCAGAGGACGCGGGCUCCAGCAGUGGGUCUCAGGAGCGGGGCGGUGAAACCACGUGGUCCGGGUCCGAGUUUGAAGUUUCCUUCGCAGACAGCCCGGGUGCCCAGGCCCAGCUGGACCACCUGCCCCAGCUGACCCUCCCCGAUAGCCUCACCUCCACAGCUUCUCCCGAAGAUGGGCUUUCUGCAGAGCUACUUGAAGCUCAGGCCGAAGAGGAGCCGGAGGAGAGCACAGAGCCCUCAGAUUUGGGAAUGGAGACGGAGGGGCCAGCCAGUCAGGCCCAGACCUCUGCCCCAGAGUAACGCCUGAUAGCACCCCAGCUGCGUGGAGCUUUCAGCUGCUGGCGUUGCGCAGCUGCUGAGCAGACCCCCCUGCUUGUGAUCUCCAGGUGUAUCUGCUUUAGGGACAGACGAGUACCCAUGUCUGAGGGCGUCAGGUCUUGGUGUGGCAGAGUGCAGGGAGCAGAUUAAAUGUGUGUUGUGCAGGAACUGCUGUGGCAGCUGGAAGGGGUCCACUGCUUGGGGGUGGGGUGGAGCCUGGGCCGGUAGUGAUGGACUUUGGGGGGCAAGGGGCACCUUUGGGCCACGUACCUCCCAAGUCCAGCGCUUGCUCGUGCUUUGGACAUUUGAGAGCCCAGGAGGCGGCAAGGCUCAGGCACGACCUCAUGUGAAGAUGGCAGGGAGCCUGAGCAGGGCUGCGGGUGGGGAGGGCGGGCAUCUUGAGUCUCAUGGCAGCCAGCCUCUGGCUGUGGUGGAGAGAGCUCCCAAGCCCUGUGCACCGACUCAGUGCACUCCUGUUGGGCACAUGCCCCUGUGCCCCUCUGUCCCUGGCUGGCCAGUUUAUGGCAGACCUGGAUGGAGGGCAGAGGCCACCUCCCCCCCGAGGUGUGAAUCCUGGCUCUUCAGCCAAGGUUCAGGUGCACCUGGUGGGACCACUGUCAGCUCCUGGAUCUGCACAGGGACUUCUACAGAAGGGACGAUGCAGCCCCGAUGCAGGAAAAUCCCAUAUUCAUUCACAGUCAACUUAGGCAAACUGGAUCUCUUCACACAGCUCCACCCAGGAAGGACGCUGAGGCCUGGAUGAGGGCACGAGUGGAGGCGGGCCCCUCUGCUUCUCCAAUGGAAGGGGGAGGGGCCUGUUACCCUACCUCAUCCCCACGUGCCCUGGGUGGCCUUGCCAAAGAACUCAGUCUGCUCCACGGCACGACCCAGUCCUCUGCUGCCCCGGGCUGAGGGACUUCCGCCCAUUCCUCCCCCCAUGCCUGUCCAGUUGGAAGUCCCACCUUCAGGUUGUGUCUGUACCCCCCAGGAAACCCAGGUGCACAGGACUGGGGCCCAUCUGUAUCCUGACCACAGUGCACCCUGGAGAGCACAGGCCAAGGAUUUGGAGGGAGGGCUCCCAAUUAGCCAGCACCUCAAGCUUUAAGCACCAUGGCUGCAUUCAGAACCAGCCCAUGUCCAGUCCCCUAGGGCAGCCGAUAGGGCUGCACAACAGUGAAGCCAUUGUGGCCGCAGCCCACUGCUGGAGUCUGGCUCCCAGCCUGUCUGGGGCCCAGCAGCGCCGAUCUGCAGGAAUCUCCUAGAGAGAACAGGGCCACCCCCCCUCCCCCCAGGAGCCAGCUUCCUUUCCAAGUGCUGCCCUCUCCUGCGGCUUUUGGGUUCGUGCCCCCCCCACCCCCAGGAUUGGAGAUAAUGUGGACUUCCAGGGUCAGCUCAAAACCGGCCGAGGCCUCUUAGGUCUGUAAUCGCUAUGAAGGAGAAUGACAAAUGGAGGAAAAAAAAUGUCUAUGAGUGAUGUCUAAAGCCUUUAUUCUAUACAACUGUGAAUACAGAUUUCCCCCACCCUU